UUAAUUUCUGUAGGUUUACAAGCGGACGAUGUAUCUAUAAUAAAUGCCUUUGCCGGCGAUCAUGUUUCAUUGACAUUAUCAGGCAUUGACCAACAAAAUGUUGGAAUUGGUGAUGUCAUUUGCAAUCCACAAAAUCCCGUACCGGUAACAACAUGUUUUCAGGCACAUGUAGUCAUAUUCUCUAUUGUUGUGCCUAUUACAAAGGGCUUCCCAGUAAUAAUGCAUCAGCAAUCUUUGGUACAACCAGCUAUUAUAUCUAAAUUAAUAGCACAGCUUCAUAAAAGCACUGGAGAUGUGAUAAAAAAGAAGCCGCGCUGUUUACCUAAAAACUCUAGUGCGAUUAUUGAAAUAGUAACGCAAACUCCAGUUUGCAUGGAACUGUAUAAAGACGUUAAACAGCUUGGUAGGAUAAUGUUAAGAGUGGAAGGUACAACAAUUGCAGCCGGGCUGAUUACCAAAAUUAAAUGAUUAUUAAUCAGCUUAGUUCCUUGGUGCAGCAUCUACGCGUAGGAUGAAAUCCUGUAUUUAAUAUAAUAAAAAUCCUGGCCAAAAA